AUGUCAAACUUCAAAGAACCAUUCCUUGAAUUCCUUUCCACAGCAGCAACGAAUGGCACUUCCAACACAACAACAGCUUCUCCCUUCUCUGAUUACAACAUUGUAGUCGUCUCCCUCAACUCUCCUUUCGUUCUCAUCUUUGGAAUCUUAUUUCUCUCAUCCGUCAUUUCGUAUCUCGUUCAACAUAAUUCCAUGAAGAGAAAUCAACAUAUUUUGUUUUCAAUUUUAUUUGUAUUGGAAAGUUUAGUGUGUAUUAACAUGUUGACUAGAAUUGCGAGUGAAGUGGCUUUAUUGCAUCCAGUACCAGCAGAAGGAAGAGUUGCAAGUGUGGUCAUUAAGAUUUUUGAUCGAUGUUUUGUGAAUAUGGCAAUUUAUGUGGAAGUAGUGUUGAUGGCUCAUAUUUGUUUUAUUUUUGCAGAGACAUGUCGAGCAAUUAACACGUUUAAUGAAGUGACAUUUGGCAGAAUCAAGAAGCUCAUUAUUAUCUUUCUGUUCAUUUUAGGAUUUUUAUUUGUUGCAUUUUGUGGAUUCACUGCACUAACAGGAGCUCUCACAGUUGCUAAAUUACCCAUUGAUCCUGCACUUUUGAAUUACUUGACAUUGGCUCUCUUUUUAUGUGCUGCAGCGUUGUUUUUCAUUUCAACUGUUUCUGUUUCCAUUCUCCUCAAUGUGGUUGGAAGAAAACUCUCUCAAUCUCUUCAAGACAGCAAACGUCGAAUCAAGAACAUGUUAAAAGUUGCCACUUCGUCCACUACUCCUUCUUCCAAAGACAAUCACUCGAGUAAGGAACAUGUGGAAUCUCAUCAUCAAACUGACAAGACCAAGAGUAUUGAACAAAUUAGAAAUUACAAAUUUAAAAAAGUAGCUCUUAGAAAAGCAAUGGCCAUUCAAUAUGGACUCACUUUCAGUUUACUUUUUCAAUUUGUUGGAUUUAUUUUCAUUCCCAUUUCCUUGUCUUGGAAUUAUGCAAUGAAUUUCUUUCACAUGUUGUACAAUAUUGGAAUUGUGGCAUUUAUUGUCUUGAUUUUAAGUAUUUACCAUCCAAUGAGAGAAGUUCAGAAAUUGUUUAGAGCGGAUUCGGAUAAGAAUUUAUUGUUGACAGCAAGUCAAGCUUCCAUGUCACAAUCCUCGAGUCAGAGCCAUCAUCGUCACAACAAGCAUUUAUCUUCUAGUUCCGUGUCAGAUACGGGUGUAGGUGAAUCGAAACUUUCAUUGUCUGAGACACCCAAUCAGACUGAAAUGUUGACCAUUGUAAGUCAGAAUAAGACAUUGUGUGCCAAUUUUGUAGAGCCUAUUACUUCUCCCAUGAGUGACAUUUCUACCUCAGAUUUGUCAAGUACAAGCGUGUAA